CCGGCACCGGCACCAGCCCCCGGCACCAGCCCCAGUCCCAGCCCCCGGCCCCGCCGCCAUGGCUCCCGCGCGAAAGAAGGCUGGCGCGAGCGCGCGCGGCAGGAAGCUGGCGGCCUUCCUGAAGGACUUCGACCGCGAGGUGAGGAGCCGGGUCGAGCAGCUGCGGACGAACGGGCAGCGCCUCGUCAAGGAGGUGGAGAACCUGUACAACAUCGAGAUCCUGCGGCUGCCGGUGGCGCUCCGCGAGAUGAACUGGCUCGACUACCUCGCUAAAGGAGGAAGCAAAAAGGUGCUGGAAGAGGCAGCAACGGCAGAUUUGGAAAUAACAGAAAUAAACAAGUUAACAGCAGAAGUUAUCCAGACUCCUUUAAAAAUCGUCAAGAAAGUGGAAAAAUCUAAACAGGCUAUUGAAGCUAUUGAAGAAGAAGCAGAGCCUCCUUUGCUUCCUCUAGCAAAGAAAGCAAAACAUGAUAGCCAAUGUCUUCCAGAGCUAGAAGCUGAAAACGUUAAUCCAAGAACUGGAAAGGUGAAGGCGUCCACUAAGAAAGUGCCAGUGUCCAGGAGCAGAAGAGCUCCUUCAGCAAGAGUGAAGCGCAUGAGUAAAAGAUCAAGCAAAAACAACUUUAUCACUCCAGCUACUGGUAGAAUUGUUGAUCUCUGUGCUCGAGGAGGUACCUCCAUGGUCACACCCAAAUUUGAUUCCAGAAUUUUCAAGACACCGGGUUUGCGCACACCCGCAGUAAAUGAACGUGUUUACACCAUCUCUGCCAAUGGCAGCCCCCUUGCUGACAGCAACGAUAUCUUCAUUACAGUCCCUGUUGGAGGAGGGGAGAGCAUUCGUUUAACAGCAAGUGAUUUGACCAAGAAGAAUCUUCUUCAUCUGAAUCCAGAGGCCCAAGGAAUUAUGAAGAAGCUAUCAGUUCGUCUCGCACAGGCUUGCAGCGGUGCAAAAACCCUUAGAUGAAACUCCGUGAAUGUUGACAUCUCUCUGUAAAUACAGAAUGUUACAUGUAGGACUGCUACCUUUAGUUCUUGUUCUAAUUUGUGUCUUCCUUCCAUUAAUUUACAAAAUGGAAGUUAAGAACUAAUUUUUCUACCUAUAAUAUGUCAUGGGAUUAGAAUAGAUUGCAUUGUUUUUAUUCAGGAAAAAAAAUACUUUAUUUCCUAUUUCCUUUAAGGUUGAGACCAAGAUACAGUUAUCUUGGGCUUGCAGGCCAGCAAGCUGGGCAGAAAGGCUAUUCUGGUAUCUUGCAGAAGAUGUAAGCAGUGGACACAAGUGACUGGAGUUCGUAUCUGUCUGGGCAAAGACAGCAACAGAUCAGAUCUGUUGCGCUUCUUUCCAGGCACGUCGUUUCUCUGCUAAUGUGCUUAAAAGGCGGUGACUAUCUCAGUAUAGUACCUGAGAUACCUAAAGGCAAGUUACUGGUGCCUGGGACUAAAUGGAAAGCUUCUUGUAGUUCAUGAUGCUGCCACGAAUAGCAAUCCUUUUGUUCUUAUAGCAGCCAUUGUAUUUAACUGGCUUUGAGGGUUUUAUAGUGAACUUAUGCAUUUUAUUGUUUUUAAAGAAAUAAAAGAUCACAGGUACUUUAACUUAACAGAAUCAAUCAGCUAGACCACUGCUUAACUAGAUUACUGAGAGUAACCUUAGAGCUACUGGAGUAUCUCUAAUGUGAGAGAACUUUGCUUUUCCUACACCCCCUUCAAAAUCUUUAGAAGCAGUACUCCUGGAACUGAGUAUAGACAGGGAAGAAGAAAGCUUGGACUAGUCAAAACAUUGUUUUGCCCUUUCUUCUUGUCUAAAUUGAGUUGACAGUGCAUUUCUUUGACAAAGAGCCAUAUCCAAUAAAUGCUGUUUGAACACAACAAAAUAACUUCCUCAGUCAUUAAUGGGUUUUUUCCUCCCUUGCUUAUAGAAAAUACAGAGAAAUCUUGCUCCACUUCAAAUUCAUGAAAAUUCAACUUUAAAUGUAGCCGCUUGGGAAAGGGUUACUGUAUGUAUAUUUAAAAGUGUAAGCAGGAGCACUCAUCUGGCUUAACACUUCCUUGCAAAAUGAAGCAGGGAAGAAGUCUUGUAUUUGCUUUCCUACAACCACCAUCUUAUUUUUCAACAGCCUGGAAAAGCAGAGCUCUCUAUGAAGUGCUAGCUCUCUGUGGGAAGAUUGCAUAAAGUCUUAAAAUGUAAAAGACUCCUCUCACCCUAAACCCAGGGUUUCAUUUUUGUUGUGAAUCUUUGUAGCUGGUACAGGAUGGGAGAGGACACUUCUCUCGUUUGUUGAACUGAGAUAUGGAAUCCCUUAAAAGUGUGGUUAGCUUUGAUUCCUUAAGCAUUAUUCUGUAUGGGUCAUAGAAAGUCAAAUAUGUAAAAGGGCAUCUGCAAGAGACAACCUGAUAAUCCUUCCUCUGUUUCAGCAGGGAAGCUAACAUGAGAACAUUUUAAUUGGCAUGUUAAGAGAGCAUUCAGAGUAAAGAACUUUGCUUCUCUA